AUGCUUAACAAAUUGCUAAAGGAAAGGGAUUAUAGCGCUCAAGAAGUCUAUGAUAAUUAUAAGCAUAACGCACGUACUUAUUUAAUGCUGCACUAUCCUUACCGAAAAGAGGACGACUUACUUACUGAUGUUACCGGGGAGGAGCAUCCGAUAUUCGCUUUAGCUUAUAGCGCUUGCAAGCGCCUUUAUCGAGAUCCUUAUAGCGAUUCUUUGCAUAUGCCCGAUUACUACGAUCCUCUUUCUAUAGCUGACGAAGAAGAUAAGGCUAGUUUAGACGAUAAAUACGACAUAGAAAGCCUUAAGCUUCGAGACCGUAAUGAUAUUGACGCAAAAGAAGAAUAG